UAAAAGCAACCAGAAAUUCAAAUAGUUUAGCUUAGACUCCAGUAAAAUGAAGGCUGCUGCGUUUGGUAGCUCUGUUAGUCACAGAGUUAUGAGAUCUACCUUACUUACUUGAGUAUUGAGAGCUACUUCUAUGAAAUACAAUUUUGGUACUGCAUUUGACGAUUCAGAAAAUACACUGGACUGGACUGGAUUAAAGAAGAUUUUGUGCUUUGCUUUUGUUUUUGGCCCCCAUGUGAUAUGAUAUUGAUAUUUCUCUGUGAGUAGAAACCCACCUACUUUCUGAUACCAUCCCAAAAUUGAAACCCUUUUUCACUCACUCAAGCAUGAAGCGGCAGAGGAUAGAAACAGAGGCGAGGGAGAGGAGAGAAAGGCAGAGAAUUGAAAGAGCGGAGAGAGCAGAAAGGAGAAACGUGAGCAGUGAGACUUGCCUAUCACCUGUUCGACAAAAUGCCCAAACCAACGCUGAUGACAACAAGGACAUAAUUAGCAGUCUACCGGACUCUCUGCUCACCCACAUCCUCUCCUUUCUCCCAAUCGGAGACUCUGUCUCGACAAGCAUUUUGUCGAGCAGGUGGAGGCCUCUCUGGGCUCUUGUCCCUGUUCUUAACUUGAGCCAGGUAGCACUUGUAAAAAGAUACUUUGAUGAAAAGAAUGAUAAUUUUAAGUUUGCGGAUGUGGUGUCCAGAAUCUGGACUCUUCGAAAUGCCAUUUCCAACCCAAUCCCCCCACUACACAAAUUGUGCAUUCAUUGGUAUAACAAUUGUCUUCCCUUCUAUGUCGACACAUGGCUCCGUGCCACCAAUAUCCGUGAUUUGCGAGAGCUUGAUCUCCACCUACUUACUUCUCCUCAUCAACCCAUGGAGUUGCCCCGUACUCUCUACUUUUCUGCCUCAUUAGUGGUUCUGAAAUUGAGUUUUGCAAUUCAUCUCAAUCCACCUUCUGCUUUUGUUCUCCCUUGUCUCAGGAUUCUACUACUAAAUUGUGUUACAUUUGCCAAUUGCGAUUCUCUCUCCACCAUCCUCAAUGCCUGCCCAGUUCUUCUAGAUCUGACCCUCCAUGUAGAUGAAGAAUACUUGAAAAAUUUGAACGAGUUCAAUGUCAUUGUACUUGUAGCUACGCUGAAAAGAUUACAUUUACGUUGGAAUGUUCAGCCUUCGUCAAAGUAUAUAUUCAAGAUAAACACCCCAGCUCUUGAGUACUUUCACUUCAGCGGUUAUUUGAACGGGGAUGAUGUGUUAGAAAACCUCCCAAACGUGGUUGAAUGUGUCAUUCAAAUUGAGGAUUGUGAUUUGAUUAAUGAUUAUGCAAAGAGAGUAUGGGACUUCAUGGGAAAACUCUGUAAUGUUAUAUCCAUGGAAUUGAGCACAAUAACCGCACAGAUCCUCUGCCAUGGUUCUAAAUAUGAAGAUAGGCUCACAUUUCAUAAUUUGUCCUCCUUGAAGUUUUGUGGUAGCAUUUGGUUUGAGUGGUAUGCAUGGCAUGCAGUACAGCUCUUGCUUUGUCAGGCUCCAAAGCUACAGACACUUAUCAUUGAGCAUUCAUUUCUGCUUGGCUCUAAUCUUAAUAAACCUAACCCUUUCUUGGAGGAGCCACUCGAUGUUCCUGAAUGUAUGUCAUCACACCUUACUACUUGUCUUUAUAGAGGAUUUGGGGGGUAUGAGAUCGAGAUGGAACUUGUUAGACAAAUCCUGAAGGAAGCAAGAGUACUACAGACAAUGAAAAUCACCGUUUGCAGUAUUCCAAAGUUAAAGAAUAGGCCUCGGUUUCACAAGGAAUUGAGCAAGUUUCGCAGGAGCUCUCAGUAUUGUCAAAUUGCAUUUGAUGAAGGAUGUUUUGCAGAGUGUUUGUGUGGUUUUGAGGAGGUUUUGAAUCAGAUGAAAGUAGAUGGGAUUAAGCCUGACAUUAUUUGUUAUACUGUGGCUUUGAAAGGGGUUAUUGUGGAAGGGGAUUUUGGGAAAGCAGAUGAGGUGUUUGAUGAAUUGCUUGUGUUGGGUUUGGCUCCUAAUGUUUAUACUUAUAAUGUGUAUGUUUAUGGUUUGUAUGAGCAGAAUAGUGUGGAAGCUGGGAUUAUGAUGAUUGUUUCAAUGGAGGAGUUGGGGUGCAAGCCCGAUAUGAUUACUUGUAAUAUUAUAUUGGAUGCCUUGUGUAAGGCUGGGGAGUUGAGUAGGAUGAGGGAGCUUGUGAGGAACAUGAUAGACAAGGGUGUUGAAUUCAACUUUCGGACAUAUAGAAUUAUGCUGAAAGGUUUGUUGGUGAAGGUGAAAUUAUGGAAGUUGUGUUUUGUCUGAGGAAAUGUUGGAGAAGUUUUUUUUGUCCUCGAUGUGAGACAUUUGAUGAGGUAAUAUUUGGGUUGUGUCAAAAAGGAUUGGUUUGUAAAGCAAUGGAAUUGAUGCAGAAAAUAAUUGAAAAGAAUUUUGCUCCCGGGGCUAUGGCCUGGCAAGCCUUGCUUCUUAGCUCUGGAUCUAAUCUUAGCUUUUCAGUGACUAUUUUGGCUGGUUAUAAACUCACCCAGUUAUAUUACUGGAACAGUAGCGUUGAAUUGGUGAACGGUGAGCCUACUUCAAACUCAUCAAUUUAGGUUGCUGGAACAGUAACCUUAAUUUGGUGAAUAAUGAAUCCAAUAUGAACUCGCCCAUUUAUGUGUUAUU